AUGGUCAGAAACAGCCAAUGUUUCUGUAUCCGCAAUGCAUUCAAUGCACCUACUCAAUUAAUUGUUGCUCAACUUGAUGGUUAUGGUGGAACCCUUUACGAACGAUUUUCUGCAGAUAUCAAUUAUGGUCAAGCUUCUUGUUGUCAUUAUAGUAAUAGUCAAUGUAACAAGGCAACUACACCUGAUGCCGUUAUCAAUUUUGAAAUGUAUGUUGUGGUUGAUUCUAAUAGGCGUACUGGUUAUGGUAACAUUCAUAUUCCUGCUGGUGGAUAUGCCAUGGUCAGUGGAGAUCCUGAUCAUCCUACUAUUCAAUCCUACGAUCCACAUAACCAACCCUUCCAAGGUUAA